AUGCACAAACUGCUCCGAGUUCCAUACAGGGACAACCCUACAGUUCCCUUCAUCAGCCCCCGUGCAGGCCACCCAAUAAAGCAAUCUCCCUUGCUUGCAAUUGGGACGCUUGAUCAAGAAGGGAGGCCAUGGUCUACUAUCUGGGGAGGGACAAAAGGCUUCGCUACUCCAACUUCUGCUUCCACCUUCGAUAUCAAAACUCCAAUCGGGGUGACCUAUGAUCCUGUAGUUGAGAGUUUGUUGUUGGAUUCCACUAACAAUAGUGGAAAGUUGGUCUCGUUCUUAGCGGUCGAUCUCGAAAAUCACCAAAGAGUGAAGCUUCAUGGCAGGGUGGCCGCUGGAUCGUUGGAUACUCUCGAUGUAGAGGCUCGGGUCGAUGUUGCUCACCUUAUCGUCCACAUUGACGGUAGUCUCGGUGAGUAUAACCCUGUCAAUGAAAAGGAUACCAAAGCUUACAUUCUAGGCAAUUGUCCCAAAUACCUGAACGCGAAGCACAUUCUUCCUGCUCCUCCAGACCCAAAACUCAUCUCGAAGAGUCCCCAGCUGCACCUUAAGGCCCUCACUUUGCUACAUCGUGCAGAUUGUUUUUUCAUAUCCCCAUCGCAUGGGAGAGAGGCUAUGGGUACAAAUAUCCGGGGCGGGCCUCCCGGGUUUGUCCGGAUCGUCUCCAACGAACCCAGUGGCGGUGUGUUCAUAUACCCGGAGUACUCGGGGAAUCGGCUCUAUCAGACCCUGGGCAACCUCCAGAUAUCUCCUUUGGCAGGUUUCGUCUUCCCGGAUUUCGGAUCGGGUGAUGCAUUGUUUAUCACAGGGAGAACAGAGAUUCUAAUAGGAAAGGACGCGUCUUCUGUUCUUCCUCGCUCAAAUAUUGCCGUCAGAGUGACCAUCACCUCGGCUCGUUUCCUAGAGAAGGCGCUUGCCUUUCGAGGGAUUCCGGGGAAACCAUCCCCUUACAAUCCAAGUGUCCGAUAUCUAAUAACGGAGAAAACUUCUUCGGCCGCUCUUGCAGAUCGCGAAUCGACCGUUACUGCGACACUAAUUCGAAAGGAGAUUAUCACUCCCUCCAUUGGUCGAUUUCGCUUUCGACUAUCAGACAAAGAAAAGGCGGGGCCUUGGAGCGCGGGCCAGUAUGCAACAUUUAGUUUCCAAAAUGAGCUGGAUAUGGGUUACAGGCACAUGAACGAUAGUGACCCAUCGAGCCUUAACGACGACUUCGUCCGCACAUUCACCAUCUCAUCUUGUCCAGGAUACGGCAUCCCUGAUGGUGAAUUUGAGAUUACCGCUCGAAGAAACGGCAAAAUAACUAACUAUCUUUUCCGAGAAAGCACCCGAGUCGGAUUGGAGGUUCCACUAAAGGGAUUUGGGGGCGACUUUAGUUUCAAGAAACAAAGCGACGAUGGUAUACUCCCCUUUGUUGCGGGAGGGAUCGGGAUCACGCCCGUUCUAGCACAACUUCCGACCAUUGAUAUUAGAAAACUUCGUCUCUUAUGGUCAAUCUCGAUUGAGGGCAUCGCUUUGGUAGUGGACGCGUUCAGGCGAUUUCCCGGGCUGCCCUGCUCAACAACCGUGUUCAUCACAGAACUUAGCUCGCAGCAUGGACGGGUCCUUGAAGAGCUAGAGGCGAUCGACUCAUCUGGAGCACUGGUUUAUUAUCGAAGGAUGGGGGCCAACGAUAUAGAUCUAGCGCUGGCAGAUACAUGGUAUUUCUGCGGUAGUCCUUCCCUAAGGGUCCCAGUGCUAGAUUGGCUCGCCGGCAAGGACGUGGUGUAUGAAGACUUUGAUUACUAA